CCCGCUUUUCGGUGGUCCCAUCGGAUACUCAGGCGGUAUAACCAUCGAUACAGAUGGUAACUUCUAUGUUGGAUUGAGAGGAGCUAAUACAGUUCAAAAGUUCACAUUGUUAUCGUCAUCAGGAGUACAAAUAACGCAAGCACCAUCAAAAGUACAAACAACGCAAGCACCAUCAAAAGUACAAACAACGCAAGUACCAGUAAGAUUAGUCACUUCAACUGUUUCAACUGGCACAAAAGCACCUGAACCAUCCAUUAACUUCCAUUUUGACUAUGCAUCGUCUGACUUUGUAGUAGUGUUACCAACAAUUUGUCCCACUGGCACAUGGAACUCGGUCGGAACGAUGGUUGGCAGUGGCUCAUCUACUCUUAGAAAUGUGGCUGUAGACACUUUAACCGGGAACGUCUAUGCUGCUCACGGGGUAGUUUCAAACGGUCAACUGCUUAAAGUUGCUGUUCCAUAUACCGUAAUAGCAUCAAGUCUAACAUUUCCUUGGGGCGUUGCUGUCGAUCACUAUUCAAAUAUUUAUGUAGCGUACGGUACCAGAGUAAACAAGUAUCCAGGCGGCAUAUUAGUAGCGGGUGGAACAGGCACAAUAGCUUCUCCUCAAAUUGCAUAUGGUAUUUAUGUCGAUUGUUUCGGCGCAAUAUAUGUAGCAGACCACGGAUACCAUCGUAUUCAAUUGUGGGCAAAUUCUAGUGUCGGAGUAACAAUUAUUGGUAACGACACUCCUGGAAGCGGGCCAAACCAGGUAGACGGGCCGAUAGAUGUUAAAGUUGAUCGGCAGGGUAAUAUUUAUGUACUCGAUAGGAGUCAUUCACAUUUACGUCAUCCAUUUAAGCAACGAGGAGACGACCAAUGA